GCAUAACACCAGCUUCGUGCUCAACACACUUGAACAUGAGGAAGCUGAAGUACCAUGAGCAGAAACUCUUGAAGAAGGUCGACUUCUUGCAGUGGAAGAGCGACCAGAAUAUACGCGAGAUUCAGGUCCUUCGAAGAUAUCUGGUGCAGAACAGAGACGACUACGUCAAGUACAACAAAAUCGUCGGGCUCAUCACGAAGCUCACAGCCAGACUCAAGACCUUGGACGCGAGCGACGAAUUCCGGAUAAAGAUGACUGAACAGCUGCUGGAAAAGCUGUUUGCGAUGGGAAUCAUUAACACGAAGAAAAGUCUGGCCAAGACGGAGACCGCCAGCGUGUCGGCUUUCUGCAGACGACGAUUACCAGUGGUGAUGGUGAGACUUAAGAUGUCUGAGACGCUCACGGAGGCUACGACGUACAUCGAGCAAGGGCACGUUAGGGUGGGUCCCCACGCUGUCACGGAUCCAGCGUUUCUGGUGACCCGAAGUAUGGAAGACUUUGUGACCUGGGUGGAUGGCUCAAAGAUCAAGCGCGCCAUCAAGACAUACGAGGACAAAGUGGAUGAUUUCGAUCUGCUGGGGGAGGGGUAGUGUUGGUUGGAGCGACACCUGAUCACAGUUGUUUUUUGGCUCUUCAGGGCCUGCCUUGUACGAACUAUUUGAUGUACUGAUGAGUGAUGUCUGUUGUGAUUGUUUGAUUCACGCAAAGUGACCGUGUUGCUUCGCACCAGUUCAACGUCAAGUUUGCUGGUCACACUCGGCCGAUAAAUAUUUGAACAUGUCGUCCGUGCUCUUGCUGGAAUGACAGCGCCGUUUUUACGUUUUUACCGAUGAGACCAAUGGGGUGUGAAGAUGAGUGUUCACGCUACGAACUUCAAGGCAACCCGACCCUCUAUUGCCAUCUCGCACAGCAACAGCCUGCCAUGCCACACGACUUAAUGCAUUUAAGCUUGAGCAGUCUCUGCUCGCAUCAUUCAGCUCAUGGCGUGCUAUCCUUCAUGUUUCAACAGUGACGGCCUCUGCUGAUGGUUGGCAGAAAAACGUGUUCGGAGAGCCCGUCAUCUGUUUUUCAGCAGCUGUCGGUCUUUGUCGACACUGAGCGAGAAACGCAGCAACCUCUGUUCAUUGGUUUGUGCAACAAAUACACGCCAUCGUGGGAAACACUACGCGAAGAGGUGAUCGCUCUCGCCGUUAAUCAACUUCCACACACAAUCUGAGAGGUUGGGCGCCCGAACUGUUGCUCCUGUAUUGGGCCUCACCUGCAUUCUAAACACACAUGACGCACGCACAUGCCCAUGACCACUGCUGAUGCUACUGCUGCUGGUAGGGCUCCAGUCUCGCCAGAUCAUCACCUGUCACGCCCGAGCCUCGAUGUCGAAAGACGUCACACAACACACAGCCUCUCAAGCAGGGCAACACGACAUUCAAAGGAAACCCGCAAGACGAACCAAAACGGCCCGGGCCAACAGGAGUAGUGGACAUCAACACAACUUUGUUUGUUUCCCUUUUAUCUUUCGUCGCCUCCGUGAUCCAAACACCCAAGCCAAGAACCCAUUCCGCAGGAGGGAUCUUGUACAACACUGUUUCUUGCACUCCUCGUUCUUUGCCCCUCUGCUCGUUGGUACAAGUGUGUACUUUCCCCCCACCAAGCACAGCAGCUUUAGUCUCUCAACUACGUGUUGUAGUACAUUCAGGACGACAAACCCCAGCAAGUUGUUAUUUUCGGGGUGCGUAGGGCUUGCUUCUGCAGUGCACGUCUGACUCUGCCCCCUGAUGUGCUGGCAUCGGAUGCCUCUCCUUCGAGGUUGCAGUGUGGUUGUCGAACCGCCAGGAGAUGACACCUGUUGCAUCAAGAGGGUCGCACCCGUU